UGUGUUAUAUCAUGUCUAAUGCUUAAAACACAGAACACGACACUGGCUGUAGCAACGUUUCUUUCGAACACAAUUAAGCUGUGUUGUAUGAUCCGAUUUAAAUCACGCGUGCAUUGAAAAAUAACGAAGAAAAAGCGAAAAAAAACAACUUAUAUAGUCACAUCGCUUGAAGGAAGCUGAAUUCCAGUAGCCCCUCGUAAUGCCAUUGAAUCCUCAGACCCGUCUUAUUCUGGGUGUCUUGCUGUCCUGCUUGGUGUUAUCCUUGAUCGUACAUAUAUCAUACAAACAAUCGAUGACAACAAAGCAGACAGAAAGCUUCGGAAGGCAAAGUCUACUCAGCCCUGAUCCUGUGACUGGACUGACAGAUGAUGAAAAACAAAAAACGACCGAACCAACAAAAUCUACAUACUCUUUACGAGAACUGAUUUGCAAGGAGGAUAAACAACUGGUUGAUCAGAUUAUUCACAUGGAUGUCAAAAACAAAGCCGAGUAUCUCCGACUCAUCACUAAACCAGUUCAGUCCGCAUGCAAAUCAAGGCUACGCUUGGGUGGACAUAAAGCUGGUGCUAGUGCUUGGGAUGGCCACAAAUUUGUGUGUGAGGAUGACUUAGAGGGACUGAUUGGUGGAACGCAGUCUUGUUUAGUUUACAGUUUCGGUAUCAGUGGAGACCUCUCCUUCGAAAACCAAAUGGCCGCCAUUGGCUGUACAGUACAUGCGUAUGAUCACACAAUAAAAUCUUUGCCUGCCACUUCCUUCCCUCACAAAAUACACUGGCAUAAAGUGGGUAUGGCAUCCAACAAUGACAAAUCAGAUCUAAAGACUCUCGGAUACCUCAUCGGUCACAACGGACACAGCAACGACAUCAUACAUUACUUGAAGGUUGACAUUGAAGGCGAGGAGCGAAACAGCAUUCCUGAAUGGAUCCGAAGUGGCUCCUUGGCAAAUGUUAAGCAGAUUGGGAUUGAAUUCCACCAGGGUGAUAAUGGCAAAAAUUUCCAAAGCUACGCGGAAAUCACCAAACUGCUGAGCCAGCACGGCUUCAAACUCAUCUCGUGGGACCCCAACAUGGUCGUGACAUCCAACCUUAAAAGCGGGCCGUAUUCCUGCUUCGAAGUUGUUUUCCGAAAAACUGAACUGAUUGACUGUCGUGGAAUUUAAUAUUUUAUGUUUUAUAUUGUUCAUGCCAGAAUUAUUAGGCUUGUUAUUCCUGACUGUCAUUUUAAAACCUAUCAUCAAGUUAAGGUUUAUAGCUUUUGAAUAACAAUUUCUUAUAACACAAACUAAAGUAAAACUAGCUGAAGUCAAUAAAUUUUGAAG